UUAUCAUCAGAGAGCGGCCCUCAGCUUAAGAUUCCCGAUAUCGAGAGUGAGUUGCGUGAAAUAAGGCUAAGUUUAUUGAUGGAGAUAGAAAAGAGGAAACAAGCUGAAGAGACCUUAUGUAAUAUGCAAAACCAGUGGCAGAAGAUCCGUGAAAAAUUAUCUCUUCUGGGUUUGACACUCCCUGAAGAUCUAACAACUUGUUUGCUAGAGGGAGAACAACAUGCCGAUCCUGCUGAGGAGAUCUGGCAACAAGUCUAUAUUGCCCGGUUUGUUGCUAACUCAAUUGGGAAGGGAAUCGCAAAGGCUGAGGCUGAAAUGGAGAUGGAAGCUCAGAUAAAGUUGAAGAACUUUGAAGUAGCUCGUUUGUGGGAUAGGCUUUUUAUGUAA